GGGUGCGUGAACGUUCACGAAGGGGGAAACGAUCGAGAGAAGGAAAAAAGAGGAGGAAAAAGCCGCGCGGCGGGUCUACGUUCGCGGACCGGAUGUGCUGCCGCGCUCGCGCGCACGGCAGAUGGAAGAGGCGCCCGACGCCAUGUUCGCCAUGUUUUGAUGUCGUCAUCCCGCUCUCCCUCUCCGCCCCUCCCCCCCCUCCGCGGACGUGUUACGCUGUGCAGCACAAUAGCCCGUCGUGUUUUUUAGCGUGUGUUUUUCCGUAGAUUCGAAACCGCGCGUUCCCGGUGGUUCCUGGUGGCUCGGCCCCUCGGUCGCGCGUUCUCCAGCACCCUCCCCGUUCGAUCGUAUGCACGUCGCGCGAGGCUGGAUAACCCUCCUCGUGGAAGAUUCGCUGGGCCCACGGAUGCCUUCAUGUUCGUGGAAGUAGCCGCGGGGGGGAUCCGCGAGCAUCGUCCACGCGGCAAUCGUGUCUCGGUGCGAGACGGGAGAAUCGAUCGGAUCGCCUGUCGCCAGUUACGUUAGCACUGCCUCUCUCUCUCUCUCUCUCUUUAUUUCGCAUCGACGGCGUCAACACACUUUGACGUUUUUCCCCUUGGCGUCAGCGAGACGUGGUUACAUCACGCCACCCUGAGGGGGCGGAUCCAGCGGAUCCCUCGGAUCCUAGCGGAACGGGCAGAGCGCGCCUCGCGUGCGUGCGUACGUACGUGCGUGCGAGCGUGCGUGCGUGCGUGCGUGCGUACGUGCGUGCGUACGUGCGCGCCUACGUCCUCCUUUCACGUCUUCUUCGUCACGAUUACACCAAGAGGCACGAGGAAAGGGAUUCGUUGGUAAAAUGGAGUUGCGCCUGCACUCGCCAGCAGGAGCGGAACCGAUCGUGUAUCAGUGGCCUCUUACCUCGGGAUCGGGGUCUGAUCGUCACGAUGGAGCAUUGGACGUUAUCGAAACUAUGAGAUGGGUUUGCGAAGAUUUGCCAGAUUUGAAAUUACCCUUAGAGAAUAAUAUCCUUUGUAACUAUGAUCCGAGAGAUUACGAAAGUAUGAAAAGCUUGUGUGACAGAUUCAACAGAGCGAUUGAUAGUUUAGUACAAUUGGAAAAAGGUACCAGCCUACCAUCCCAGAGACUAAAUAAGAGACCUAGUAGGGGUUUACUUCGACAUAUACUCCAGCAAACUUAUAAUCAAGCUGUGGUUGAACCAGAUAAAUUAAAUCAAUAUGAACCUUUUUCACCUGAAGUCUAUGGUGAAACCAGUUAUGAGCUUGUAUGUCAGAUGAUUGAUCAAAUCGAUGUGACAGACGACGAUGUCUUUGUUGAUUUAGGAUCUGGAGUUGGUCAAGUAGUUCUUCAGAUGGCAGCUGCAACUUUGUGUAAAAUUUGUAUCGGCGUAGAAAGAGCUGAUGUACCAUCAACUUAUGCACAGAGCAUGGAAGUAAAUUUUCGAAAAUGGUUGAAUUGGUAUGGAAAACGAUGUGGGGAUUAUCGUUUAGUGAAGGGAGACUUUUUAGCGGAUGAACAUCGUGAAAGUAUCACCGGAGCUACGAUAGUGUUUGUUAAUAAUUUUGCUUUUGGCCCGACAGUUGAUCAUCAAUUAAAAGAACGCUUUGCUGAUUUACGUGAUGGCGCACGUAUAGUAUCAUCGAAGUCGUUUUGUCCGUUAAACUUUCGAAUAACGGACAGAAAUCUGAGUGAUAUUGGUACAAUAAUGCACGUCUCAGAGAUGUCCCCAUUAAAGGGUUCUGUCUCUUGGACUGGUAAGCCGGUAUCGUAUUAUUUGCACGUAAUCGAUCGAACUAAAUUAGAACGUUAUUUCCACCGCUUGAAAAACAAUAAACAAGGUGGCUUAGAUGAAAACUCUGAUUCUGUGAUAAGCAACACUGCCAGCAAUAGUAGUAAGGUUUCUAAUAGGAACGAAAGAGGUGAUAGAGCCAAAAGAGACCUUUCAAGGCAAUUGGACAGUCCGAAUAAUUCGGAGCAGCAAGGAACAAAUAGCGACUCUGAGCUAGACGAAAAUGCUAUUAAAAAUCGACGACAGCCGAACAAAAUACGAAGGAAAUUCAAUAGAAAAACUUCAAACGGCAUUACGAGAGCUCCAGCUAGAGGUAGACAGAGAGGAAGAGGUGUUAAGAGAGCCAAGCCUAAGAAGACGAUCAAUAUAUCUGGAUUAGAUCUGUUACAUAGUCAAACUUUGCUCAGUACAUCACCUCAAGCUCUUGGGAAAAAACCUCCACCUGCUCCUGGUUGUGUAGAUCAACAAUUAUCUUCAUUGACGCUUUCUUUACAGUCGCAUUCCACCUCGGUACACGAGGAACUCAGUAUACCAUCGGCUCCGUCCGCGACUCCUUAUGCUCUGCAAAUUCUUUUGGACUUGUAUAGGGACCAAUUCAUGCUCAUGUUAGAAUCAAUGAGAACACCCACCUACAAAGUAUCUGUUAAUACGGAUAUCGCGAAAGAGAGAGAAAGGAACUCUAAACUUCAAUCGAGAGCGGCGCAAUUGGAAAAGCAAAUUAAAGUACUCAUAGAUGAUAGUGUAGCUCUCUUGAAGGCGAGAAUGACUGAAUUAGGUAUCAAUGCUACGUCACCUGGGGAUCUGCUAGCGAAAGCUAAGGAAAUAGUUCUAAGACAUAAACAACUACAAGCUAAAGCGAGUAAAUUGCAAGCACAAGUGGCGUCUAUAGAAACUGAACAAAGCAGAUUAGUGGCACUUAGACAUCAGGAGUUACAGGAAAAAUACAACGGAAAUGUGAACGGCAUAACAAAUCCACCUCAAUCACUUACUCAGGAUUAUAUAUUAAAAGAAAUUUCCGCCACACUUUCCCAGCGGAAACGAUUACAUUCUCAAGUUUCGAAAUUGGAACACGAAUUAAAUCUUUUGGAAAGAACAAGUAAUGAGAAACAAGUAGCUGCAAUUGCUCAGCAACAAAGAGAUAUGAUAGGAAGUAAACACUCGCAAAGUUUACAUCAUCAUCAACAGGGUAAUAAAAAUGGAACAACGCGAAAAAGUAGGGAAGGUCGUUCGAGAUCUCAAGAAUGGCCCGAUGUGCCAGAUAUAGGAAAGAUACAAGAAAAUAAUCCAGAAAUAUUGGCUCAGAAGAUUUUGGAAACCGGAAGACAGAUAGAGGCGGGUCGUAUUCCACACAGGCAGAGUACGAAUGGCAACAAUAAUUCCAGAACUAGACUGCCACAAGCAUCUCUCAGUUUUUCUAAUGCAUCAUCCGCUAAUUCGUCCACGCCAUCACCACAGACAGUUAAUAAAGAUGCGAAUAGAACUCAAGAACCACCAAGAGUCGCUAAUUUUGAAGACAGAUUGAAAAGCAUAAUCACGAGUGUAUUAAACGAGGAUCAACAAAAUAGGACUAAGCAACAACAGAUGCAGCUACAAGUGCAAUUGCAAAGUCAAUCUGAACCCGACAGAAAGCGCGCUCCAUUGCCGCAAAGUGUCUCUACUCCGGAUUAUACUCAAGUUUCACCUGCGAAACUAGCACUUCGUCGUCAUCUCUCGCAGGAACGCAUCUCGUCAUCUCAUUCGACAUCGUCCGACAGAUCAACGGUCGAUUCUAGACAAUCAUCGAGUCACGACAAUCGACUUGUAACUAGUGGAAGUGGAUUGCUCGUCUCUACGGUCGGUGAACUCAUGAAUGGAGAAAUAGAAAGGACUUUGGAAAUAUCCAAUCAGUCUAUAAUAAACGCUACCGUUGACAUGAGCUCAAUAAUAAGACCAGAAACUGUAUACUCUCCUAUUAGUAGACCAGCGAGUGCCGAAGGAGACGCCGGUUUGUCGACUUUGGCACAUGUAGCUAGUUAUGUGCCUACUUCGGGAACUUCCACUUCCACGCCCACAACUAGUUCAAGAUCGUCCGUACUUUUUACUCCAGUAACACAACCGCAAAGAUAUACACCGGUCCAAUUACCACGAGCAGACAUUAAGCCUUAUCAUGAAUCCUAUUUUUCGGAUAAUCCCGCUCAGUCACUCAAUCAAUCUCACUCGGCGCCCCUACCUCUACAUUCGUCCCAAACUACGUCAAAUGGGGAAUUGUUGCCCGUAGAAGGGCUCGCAGCAUCAUUACAUGCCCGAAUAUUGAACAACCAUAAUAAUAGUGGCAAAACCGAAUCGACCCUUUCUAACAAUACAAGAUUUCAGCCAUAUCCACGAUACGCAACGAACAGUAAUAGUGGCAAUGCAAAUACGACAAAUGCAAAUGCAGUAACAGCAAUUUGUCAAUCGCAAACAUCAAUGUCCAUAAAAACGGAAGCGGUUGUAUCAUCGGUAAGCACAAGCGGAGCGCCCCUAAGUCCUCUCGUGGAGCCGCAUUCUAAUACGUCGACGCCGUUAGUCGACGAACCUCAAAUGACGACGCAGAGGCAACGAAAUGUCGUUGGAGAUGACGAUGGAGAAGCUGAUUGGCAGGAUCGUAUUAGUUCAGGAUUUGAUCGCUUGGUCGCCUUUGCUUCCACAGAAUUGGAUAAACGUAGACGAUCGACGGAAGGAGUGAAUACUAGUCCCGAUAGUGGACUAGGUUCGGAUAGCGCUGUAACGGGACCACCGCCUGUAGUACCUUCGCCCGACGAAGCGUUAGGCCCACCGAGAACCCCAUCCCCGACUAGUCCUCGUCCUGCGAAUCUAUCCAGCGGUAAUCCUCCGAGCAGCGCAUCUUCUUCGGUACCUCUAAAGUACCAACGACAACCAGAUCCUGAGCGACAUCAUUUUAAAAAAAAAUUCUUUCAUCGCGACUGGAAUAAUUCUGCAAGUACUAGCAAAUUUCGUCCCAAGGGUAAAGAUUGGGAUUGGAAUCAUUCCGGGCAAUGGCCUUCGAAUGACGAACAAUCUUAACUCUAUAUGCAAAAGAUAAUUUUCUAUGUGAUCGACGAAAAAGAGUUUCCAUUGCUUCUCCGAAUGUGAGCAAACGAGAGAAAUAUAUUGUUUUUUUGUUUUUUUUUUUGCUUUUAAAAUGAUUACAUAUUAAUCGUUUUGUUUUUAUUUCAUUAUUAAUAGCACUCUCUUGUAAUAACGGAUGGCGUGUUUAAUCGCAAAGUAUAAUACAAGAGAACGUAUAUA